AGCCAGGGGAGCCCCGCCCUGCAGCGGAGCCCCGCCCUGCAGGUGAGCAGGGCAUGGUGGAGCUGGUGGAGACCCAGGAAGCUGCAGAUGAACCAUGUUUCCGCUGCUGCUGGCUGCUGCGGUGCUGGGAGGAUACAUCUUCCUCACACAGACGAUCUUCCGAAGGGCCAAAUGUCGAGGAAACGCAGCGAUGGCCGGAAAGACCGUCAUCAUCACAGGAGGAAACACCGGCAUCGGUAAAGCCACGGCGCUGCACCUGGCCAGGAAGGGAGCCCGAGUGAUCCUGGCCUGUCGAAACCGGCACAAGGCCGAAGCUGCUAUCGCUGAAAUACAACAGGAGACAGGAAGUACUGACGUUCUCUACAUGCUGUUGGACCUGGCCAGUCUCAAGUCCGUCCGCUGCUUCGCAGAAACGUUCCUGAAAACUGAGCGUCGGCUUGAUCUGCUCAUCAACAACGCUGGUUUGGUCGCUGACGGACGGACGGAGGACGGCUUCGGCAUCGAGUUCGGAGUGAACCACCUGGGUCACUUCCUGUUGACCUGCCUGCUGCUGGAGAGGAUGAAGGAGGCCGGGGGCGGGCGGGUGGUCACCCUGUCCUCCAUGGCUCACCGCUGGGGACACAUCGACUUCGAGGCUCUGGCGGCGGACAAACAUCUGGGCACCGGCGGGUACAGCUGGCAGUUCUUCAUGGCGUACUGCAACAGUAAACUCUGCAACGUCCUCUUCACCCACGAGCUCGCCAAGAGGCUGAAAGGAACCAACGUCACCUGCUACAGCGUCCACCCUGGUGUCGUCCGCACUGAGCUGUCCAGAUACGUCAGCCUGUGGCAGAAGAUUUUCAUCGAGCCCAUUGCUCGGCUGCUGUUCCUCGACCCGGAGGCCGGAGCUCAGACCACGCUGCACUGCGCCCUGCAGGAGGGAAUCGAACCUCUGAGCGGACGUUACUUCUUCUGCUGCGGCGUACAGGAAGUGUGCGCCCGGGCCAGAGAUGACGCGGUGGCCCGUAAACUGUGGGAGGUCAGCGAGAGGCUCAGUGGACUCUCUUAAUGUCUGGACUGUUCAGUGACCAUGAGCUGUCCCUGUGUCUGUUCCACUGUGAAUACAUUCAUCACAACCUUC